UUUUCGCAGCGCCCUCUACCUCGUGUAGUUUUGUAACGUCAUGUCUAUUUUAGGAAAUCCGACGCUUGGUCUUUUCGUUAGUUUUUAAGUCAAAACCCCGUCUCAAUUAGCGUGUAACUCGUGCAAAAGUGCCCCCCAACAGCCCCCUUGUGUCUGGUCCACGCCUUGCGGCGCUUCCCCUCGCCCCCCACAGCCCAAGAUGGUGGACGUCGAUAACCUCACCGACGCCGAGUUGCGUUCGAAACUCAUCGAAUUCGGUUUUCCCGUGAUGCCAAUCACCGGCACCACACGCAAAACCAUGGCAAAAAAACUGAAAAUGCUCCUGGAGAACAAGAACAAGAUCGGGAAAGACAACCGGCGCUCGUUGGGCCGCUACUCCAGCGAGGACGAGAGCGACAGUGACGCCAAAUCGAGCAAAAAAGACAAGUUCCGGCGCCAGACGAUGGCAGCCCCCUUGCCGCCGCCGUCUAGACGCAAGACCACCGUGGAGUCCAGCCCCGUGGAGCCCCCCGUGCGUAAAGAAGUGAAGACUACGACCACGACCACACGUACCAUGAAAAUACUACAAAGUGCCCAGGAUGAGUUUGAUACGGGGUCGGAGUCGGACGAAGUGGCCGAAAAGUACCGAAGUUUUCGGAAGGAAAGUCCCGAAAGUGUUAAGAAGGCGUCACCGAGUCGGCUACCGCCGAGCUUUGCUUCGGCUAGUAACGCCGCCGAGGCCGCCUCUGAUAGAAUCAGCCAAAUUCGGUCGAGAUUAUCUACGUAUAAUUAUGGGUUAGAUCGGAGUUAUUCCCCGAGUGAGGAGUUGUUGAAAGAUAAGGAAAAUACACCGUUUUUGAGCAAUUUUACGAAGAGAUUGUCACAACUGUCCGAAAGCCCCAAAAGCCCCAUUUAUGACUACAAGAACGAUAUUAUUAAGGAGAAUGACGUCAAUGGGGGCGCCACGUCACGGGCAUACCUCUCAAGUUACAGGGCUCCGCGGGGGCGCCCCAGCAGCUACGACCACAAGCCGCUCAACGAGAGCAUUCUGAAGAACAAUUUCGUGCCUUUUAUGGUGUUAGUGGUUGCGUUUUUGUUCUUUAUCAUCGUGGCUGUGGUCUAUUUGGGGAUUCGGUCCGAUACGGCCCUGGAGGUGUCUGCCACAAUCCCACAUUGUCUUAAAUCUAACAGUAAUAGCAAGAGAUUCGUGAAUUGUAUUUUGGAAGGUGAAGGCAAGUCGGCGCUGAAUUUGUUCGAAGUUUUAAAACCGGAAUUGAAUCGAAGAGCGUUGAUUAAUAAAUGCGAAGACUAUAAAGUUAAGCCCUAUAUGACUGAGCAGGAUAUUGUUACGUUUAUGAUUGAGAAUUUCGCAAUUAAAGAAGAAGGUCGGAUUUUGACCGAUUUGUAUAAUUUGGAAGUUUUAUCGUUUUUUAACCCUUCGUGGGGCGUUAGCGUCUUACAAUUGAACGAAGAUGGCGUUGCUUUCGACGAAAACAGCAUCGCAUCGGAUAUGAAUGAAGUGAAAGAGGGCCGCAAGUCCAAGGUCACUGCCCUUUUAUCCCGCAACCCUUACAUCCCCUGGAAAUGCUACUGUUACACCACCUUGUGGUCGUUCCUAAGCAUGCUGACGUCAUUUCUGGGCGCGGCUUUGCUCGUCUACUCCCUUAACUACGCCUUCAAGUGUUACAAACAAAUCCGCCAGAAGCAGCACGAAGAAGAAAUAUCAAUUGUCGAAAGUAUUAUAGACAUCCUUCAAACAAACGCUACGGAAAACGGCGACAAUUGCAUGAUAAUCAACCACGUCCGCGACAUGAUCCUCCCAAUCAACGAGCGUAAAAAUAAGCAGAAGUUGUGGAUGCGCGCCGUGCGCUACAUCCACGAGAACGAAUCGCGCAUCAGAACCGAGGAGAAGGUGGUGCAAGGGGAGGUGGAGCAGGUGUGGCGAUGGCUAGGCGGGGCUAAUAAUUUAAACACUUCCAAAAACAAAAGUUGGCAAGGCCAAGCGUUCGAAACGCAAGUUGGCUCUGUAAACAGUCUGCCAUACUCGCCGACGCCAUGUUUGAAAAUACGAGGGAUGGUCGAAGAUGGCGAUAGGAACACCCACGUGAUCAAGAAAGCAGUUUUGAGUAAAUGUGCACAACAGUGUCGGAUUUUGCACUGCGUUGUUGACACGAAUUCGAAUUGUGUCUACUUGAAGUGUGCGGAGCCGAGUGACGCUGCGGUGGCGUACAGGAAUCUGCACGGGUGGUGGUACGCGGGAAAUUUAGUCACUGUUAAAUAUGUGCGGCUGGAGAGGUAUAUGCAGAGGUUUCCCGAUUCGCCGGUCAGUGGGCCCCCGUUUUUACAAUAAUUUGGUUGUUUUUUCCAUUAUUUAUUAACAAAACGAACGUUUUUACUUUUACGACUGAUAGCGUGUUACUUGUUUCGUUGAAAAAUAGGUUAAGCAUUAACAAAUUCUAGGAAUAAUGUUGAUUUUAAGACAAUUUAAGUUCAUUCAGCUAGGAAAUUUAUAACUGUAUUUUUCAAUACGUAUUAAUAAAUUGUAUUUGUAUA